AUGCCAAUAAAGGUUUUUAAGGAACCACAAGGCAAACACCACACCACAGACACAAAGAUCAGUUUUAACUGGUUUAUUAAUGACACAAAAGAUCAGGCUACACAGGAUUGGAGGAGCUCGGAAUGGAAAGCAAGGGAACCAGGAGGUCGGGAAGAAGAACAGAGGAGGACCGGAGGAGCUUGGGAGAAGGAAGGUGUCGAAGAGCCAGGGGAAUCCAAUAGAAUGGAAGGCAUCCAGGAGCAGGUGUUUUUGUUGCUCCCCCUAGCGGACCUGGAUUUCUGGGGGUCAAGCUUUACCGUGAGGGCUGUUCCUUCGGCCCGGACAGUGCUUGAAAGCCAUCGGAAAAGCCUGCAGAGACAGAAAAGGAACUGGGUAUGGAAUCAAUUUUUUGUACUGGAGGAAUAUACAGGCAGCGAUCCGCUUUACGUAGGCAAGCUUCAUUCCGAUGUGGAUAACGGUGAGGGAAACGUAAAGUAUGUCUUGACCGGAGAAGGGGCAUCCUCCAUCUUCACCAUCGAUGAAAACACAGGGGACAUCCAUGCUACCAAACGUCUGGACCGAGAGGAGCAAGGCUACUAUACGCUUAGGGCUCAAGCUGUGGAUCGUGAGACCAACAUCCCGGUAGAGAGAGAGUCCGAGUUCAUCGUUAAGGUUCAGGACAUAAACGACAAUGAGCCAAAGUUCCCAGAUGGACCGUACACCGCCGAAGUGCCUGAGAUGUCACCGCUCGGGACCAUGGUUAUCCAGGUGGCAGCAACAGAUGCAGAUGACCCUACAUAUGGCCACAGCGCAAGAGUUGUGUACAGCGUCAUUCAUGGGCAGCCGUAUUUCUCCGUGGAGCCAAAAACAGGAAUCAUACGAACAGCCCUGUCAAAUAUGGACCGUGAAACACGAGAUCAAUACGUGCUGGUCAUCCAAGCCAAAGACAUGAUGGGUCAGUUAGGUGGCCUCUCAGGAACAACGUCUGUAACGGUUACGCUACUGGAUGUCAAUGACAACCCGCCACGCUUCUCUCGCAAGUUGUAUCAGUAUUCGGUGUUGGAGUCUCUCCCUGUGGCAUCUGAGGUGGCCAGAUUGAAAGCAGAGGACCCAGAUAUAGGAUCUAACGCUCAGAUGGAUUACCGCAUAAUGGACGGUGACGGGCCUGGCAUGUUUAACAUCACCACUGAUGAAGAGACACAAGAGGGAGUCAUUAUUCUACAAAGGCCACUCGACUAUGAAACAAAGAACACCUUUUCUCUGAAGAUUGAAGCCACUAAUCGGAAAAUUGACCCCAACUUCCUGACAUUCGGUCCCUUCAGCGACAUCACGGCUGUAAAAGUCAACGUGGAGAAUGUGAACGAACCGCCGGUGUUUUCGAGUCUGGUUAGUAAGAUGGUUGUGUCUGAAGCUGCCAGGGUGGGAACCAUUAUUGGAACCGUCUCAGCUCAUGAUCCUGAUUCUGCAAACAGUGCAAUAAGGUAUUCCAUAGACCGGAACACAGAUUUGGAGCGCUACUUUAAUGUGGAUGCACUGACUGGAGUUAUCAGCACAGCCAAACCUCUAGACAGAGAAGUCAACUCGGUCCACAACAUUACCAUCUUUGCUAUGGAGAGCCAGGACCCUUCUCAGGUGGGAAAAAGUACAGCUAUCAUUUCAGUGACGGACAUCAAUGACAACGCUCCAGUGUUUGCUAUUGAAUAUGAAACUCUCGUGUGUGAGAAUGCAUCACCUGGACAGGUGAUCCAGACCAUCAGCGCUGUGGAUAAGGACGAGCCUCCCAGUGGACAUCGGUUUUACUUCGCCCUUGCUUUAUCUGUCAGUGGCGAGCACAAUUUCACCCUGAGAGACAACAAAGAUAACACGGCAUCGUUAUUGACCAAGCGAGCUGGAUUUCUCCGGAGUGAGCAGGCUGUAUAUCAGUUACCUGUGCUGAUUGUGGACAGCGGGAGUCCUGCACUGAGCAGCACUAACACGCUGUCGGUGAGGGUUUGCAACUGCGACAGAGACAACGUUCCUCAGGCCUGCGGGGCAGUGGCUUAUUCGCUACCAGCAGGACUCAGUACCGGGGCACUGCUUGCCAUUCUGGGCUGCAUCUUGAUAUUACUAGUCCUCAUCCUGCUGAUCCUGACGGUGCGGCACAGACGGAAGGUGCCUCUGAUCCUGGAGGACGAGCGAGACGUCCGCGAGAACAUCGUCCGCUACGACGACGAGGGCGGAGGCGAAGAGGACACCGAGGCCUUCGACAUGGUCGCCCUGCGCAACCUCAACAUCAUGCGCGAGCCCAAGCUCCGACGAGAUGUCACUCCGGAAACCUCGAAGUACUUUACCUACACAGCCUCCAAACCGCCGUACAGAACACCUCCAGACAAUGUUCUCUUUCGAGAGUUCAUCUGGGAACGGCUGACGGAGGCAGACGUGGAUCCUUCGGCGCCACCGUACGAUUCGCUGCAGACCUACGCCUUCGAGGGCAACGGGUCCGUGGCAGAAUCUCUCAGCUCGCUGGAAUCUCUGAACUCCGACUCGGAACAGAGCUUCGAAUAUCUGACUAACUGGGGGCCACAUUUUAAAAAACUGGCUGACCUGUAUGGGGCCAUGGAAGGAAGUGGUUUAUUGUGA